AACCGGAAGGCCCUCAUUUUGAGAGCUAAUGGCGGAUGCCGGCGUGUCGGCGUUGGCGGUGGCUUAGGCCUUGAAGGAACUCUGCAUCCGUUGGAUAUCUACACCAUCUUCCCGGCUGCAGGGUAAAGAACCAGCCCUCCGUCUUCCCCCCGGCCCACGGAGGCGUAGAGCGGCCAUAUAGCAGUGUGCGCCGGUUUUCGCUUGCUUUGACUUGGUGUAAUCAACGCUUGGAUUGUGGAGAGGUGGGUUACUCAGUGGUGGUGUCACCAUGUUCCUGUACAACUUGACCUUGCAGCGAGCCACUGGUAUCAGCUUUGCCAUUCAUGGCAACUUCUCUGGAACCAAACAACAGGAAAUUGUUGUUUCUCGUGGGAAGAUCUUGGAGCUGCUUCGCCCGGAUCCCAACACUGGCAAAGUACACACCCUACUAACUGUGGAAGUAUUUGGUGUUAUUCGGUCACUCAUGGCCUUUAGGCUGACAGGUGGCACCAAAGACUACAUUGUGGUUGGCAGUGAUUCGGGUCGGAUUGUUAUCCUGGAAUAUCAGCCAUCUAAGAAUAUGUUUGAGAAAAUUCACCAAGAGACCUUUGGCAAGAGUGGAUGCCGCCGUAUUGUUCCUGGCCAGUUCUUAGCUGUGGAUCCCAAAGGGCGAGCUGUGAUGAUUAGUGCCAUUGAAAAACAGAAAUUGGUGUAUAUCUUAAACAGAGAUGCUGCAGCCCGGCUUACCAUCUCCUCUCCCCUGGAGGCCCACAAGGCGAACACUUUAGUAUAUCAUGUGGUUGGAGUAGAUGUGGGAUUUGAAAAUCCAAUGUUUGCUUGUCUGGAAAUGGAUUAUGAGGAAGCAGACAAUGAUCCAACAGGGGAAGCAGCAGCUAACACCCAGCAGACGCUUACUUUCUACGAGUUAGACCUUGGUUUAAAUCAUGUGGUCCGAAAAUACAGUGAACCUUUGGAGGAACAUGGCAACUUCCUUAUUACAGUUCCAGGAGGGUCAGAUGGUCCAAGUGGAGUGCUGAUCUGCUCUGAAAACUAUAUCACCUACAAGAACUUCGGUGACCAACCAGAUAUCCGCUGUCCAAUUCCCAGGAGACGGAAUGACCUGGAUGACCCUGAAAGAGGAAUGAUUUUUGUCUGCUCUGCCACCCAUAAGACCAAAUCGAUGUUCUUCUUUUUGGCCCAAACAGAGCAGGGCGAUAUCUUCAAGAUCACUUUGGAGACAGAUGAAGAUAUGGUUACUGAGAUUCGGCUCAAGUAUUUUGAUACUGUGCCUGUUGCUGCUGCCAUGUGUGUGCUUAAAACAGGCUUCCUUUUUGUAGCAUCAGAAUUCGGAAACCAUUACUUAUAUCAAAUUGCACAUCUUGGAGAUGACGAUGAAGAACCUGAGUUUUCAUCUGCCAUGCCUCUGGAAGAAGGAGACACAUUCUUCUUUCAGCCAAGACCGCUCAAAAACCUUGUGCUGGUCGAUGAGUUGGACAGCCUUUCUCCCAUUUUGUUUUGCCAGAUAGCUGAUUUGGCAAAUGAAGACACUCCACAGCUGUAUGUGGCCUGUGGUCGGGGACCCCGGUCAUCUCUGAGAGUCUUGAGGCAUGGACUUGAGGUGUCGGAAAUGGCUGUCUCUGAACUACCUGGUAACCCCAAUGCUGUCUGGACAGUGCGCCGGCACAUUGAAGAUGAGUUUGAUGCCUACAUCAUUGUGUCUUUCGUGAAUGCCACACUUGUGUUGUCUAUCGGAGAGACGGUGGAAGAAGUGACUGACUCUGGGUUCCUGGGCACCACUCCAACCUUGUCCUGCUCCUUGUUAGGAGAUGAUGCCUUGGUGCAGGUGUAUCCUGAUGGUAUUCGGCACAUCCGAGCAGACAAGAGAGUCAAUGAGUGGAAGACUCCUGGAAAGAAAACAAUUGUGAAAUGUGCAGUGAACCAGCGACAAGUAGUGAUUGCCCUGACAGGAGGAGAGCUGGUGUAUUUUGAGAUGGAUCCUUCAGGACAGCUGAAUGAGUACACAGAGCGGAAGGAGAUGUCAGCAGAUGUGGUGUGCAUGAGUCUGGCCAAUGUGCCUCCUGGAGAGCAGCGAUCUCGCUUCCUGGCUGUGGGACUGGUAGACAACACUGUCAGAAUCAUCUCCUUGGACCCCUCAGACUGUUUGCAACCUCUGAGCAUGCAGGCUCUCCCAGCCCAACCCGAAUCCUUGUGUAUCGUGGAAAUGGGUGGGACAGAGAAGCAGGAUGAGCUGGGUGAGAGGGGCUCUAUUGGCUUCCUAUACCUGAAUAUUGGGCUACAGAAUGGUGUGCUGCUGAGAACUGUCCUGGACCCUGUCACUGGGGAUCUGUCUGACACCCGGACUAGGUACCUGGGGUCCCGUCCUGUGAAACUCUUUCGUGUUCGGAUGCAAGGCCAGGAGGCAGUGUUGGCCAUGUCAAGCCGCUCAUGGUUGAGCUAUUCUUACCAAUCUCGUUUCCAUCUUACCCCCCUAUCUUAUGAGACCCUGGAAUUUGCAUCUGGCUUCGCCUCUGAACAGUGUCCCGAAGGCAUUGUGGCCAUCUCCACCAAUACCCUGAGGAUUUUGGCAUUGGAGAAGCUAGGUGCUGUCUUUAAUCAAGUAGCCUUUCCACUGCAGUACACACCCAGGAAAUUUGUCAUUCACCCUGAGAGUAACAACCUUAUCAUCAUUGAGACUGACCACAAUGCCUACACUGAGGCUACAAAAGCUCAGAGGAAGCAGCAGAUGGCAGAGGAAAUGGUGGAAGCAGCAGGGGAGGAUGAGCGGGAGCUAGCUGCAGAGAUGGCAGCAGCAUUCCUCAAUGAGAACCUCCCUGAGUCCAUUUUUGGAGCUCCCAAGGCUGGCAAUGGGCAGUGGGCCUCUGUGAUCCGAGUGAUGAAUCCUAUUCAGGGUAACACACUGGACCUUGUCCAGCUGGAACAGAAUGAAGCUGCUUUUAGUGUGGCCGUGUGCAGGUUCUCCAACACUGGUGAGGAUUGGUAUGUGCUGGUGGGCGUGGCCAAAGACCUGAUACUGAACCCCCGAUCUGUAGCAGGUGGCUUUGUCUAUACCUACAAGCUUGUGAACAAUGGGGAAAAACUGGAGUUUUUGCAUAAGACUCCAGUGGAAGAGGUCCCUGCUGCUAUUGCCCCAUUCCAGGGUAGGGUGUUGAUUGGUGUGGGGAAGCUUCUGCGAGUCUAUGACCUGGGAAAAAAGAAGUUACUUCGAAAAUGUGAGAACAAGCAUAUUGCCAAUUACAUCUCUGGGAUCCAGACUAUCGGGCAUAGGGUAAUUGUGUCUGACGUCCAAGAAAGUUUCAUCUGGGUUCGCUACAAGCGUAAUGAGAACCAGCUCAUCAUCUUUGCCGAUGACACCUACCCCCGGUGGGUCACUACAGCUAGCCUUCUUGAUUAUGACACUGUGGCUGGGGCAGACAAGUUUGGCAACAUUUGUGUGGUGAGGCUCCCACCUAACACCAAUGACGAAGUGGAUGAGGACCCCACAGGAAACAAAGCCCUGUGGGACCGGGGCUUGCUCAAUGGGGCCUCUCAGAAGGCAGAGGUGAUCAUGAACUAUCAUGUGGGCGAGACAGUACUGUCGUUACAGAAGACUACACUAAUCCCUGGAGGCUCAGAAUCGCUUGUCUAUACCACCUUGUCAGGAGGAAUUGGCAUCCUUGUUCCGUUCACAUCUCAUGAGGACCAUGACUUCUUCCAGCAUGUGGAAAUGCACCUCCGGUCUGAGCAUCCUCCUCUCUGUGGGCGAGACCACCUCAGCUUUCGUUCUUAUUAUUUCCCUGUUAAGAAUGUGAUUGAUGGAGACCUCUGUGAGCAGUUCAACUCUAUGGAACCCAACAAACAAAAGAAUGUCUCUGAAGAACUGGACCGAACCCCACCCGAGGUGUCCAAGAAGCUUGAGGACAUCCGGACCCGCUAUGCCUUCUGAGCCCUUCUUUUUUCUAUGGGGCUUGUCAAAGACUGUGUGUUUUGUUUUCCUCGCUACCUGGCUCUGAACCCAUAUGGCAGAAGAAGGGUGGCUGGAUCAUUAAGACUUCCCCUAGAGUGAUUGGUUUUCCCUAAAAUUGGCACUGAGAUUCACUGUGCUUCUCGCUGCCUGGUACAUAAUAUAUUGCCUCGGGUCCAGUGUGGAAUACAAUGCCCCGUAAUCCCCAAAACUUUUCCUGCAUUGAUAUUUCUGGCUCUCAUGUCUGCUUUUGUACACACCUUUAAUUUUUAACUGGUUUUCCUGUAAAUAAAGUUUUGUAUAAUGUUAUCUUUGUAGGAGGGAGGGAGGGAGGCAAGCAAGCUGAUGUGGGGACCAGGUUGGAUAUAGUAUAACUCUUGAGUUGUGCCACUCUGGAACCUAGCCAGAAAUACAAACCUAGUUUUUAAGGUAGCUGGUGUCCAUGUGUCUUUUCUAGGGAUGAGAAUUUAGGUGAGAGAAUUGAGCCUGAGUUGGAGCAGGAAGAGCUGAGAGUAUCCUCCUUCCAGCUCCCUGCAUGGAUUUCUGCAUCCUGUCCGCCUGCUUUCAGCAUUAUGGUUUUUUUGGCUUUCUCUAGUCUUCUAUGCAGAUGAACUUGGCUCAGUAACCAUGUGGUCACCCAUGCAUGCCUCUUCCCAGUAGAUAUUGAGGAAGAAUGGCUGAUUUCUCCCCUGUGUUAGCUUCUACUUCGAGGUCUUAGAGUGUAGGAUUUGGCAUGAAUUCCAUCUGGGUAGUCUCAACAGAUGCUCCCUUUACAGCUCCUGUAAUGAUUUUUUUGCCCUAUGACUACUAGGAAGGAUCAAUAAGUACAGAAGUACGCAGAUAUUAGCCUGCCCUUGGGAGCAAAGUUUAUGUAGAACCUGUUUAAAGGCACAUGGGUAGCUAGGGGGCCUGUCUGCAGCAUAUAGGCAGGCUCUGGAGGGCCUUUAUGGUGUGAGGAAACACCACUGGUAGGUAGCCUGUCAGGUGGAAGUGAGCCAGUCUCAAAUUUUCUUUCUAGCCCACACCUAAGGAUUCACCUUCCUCCUGCCCAGCUGUGUGGGAAGCCCUAAUCUUUCAGGCAGCUUCACUGAACCUGGAGAGAGCUAAGCUCACUGCUCUUCUCAGUGAACAUUUACUUCAUAUAGUGAAUGUUCUUUUAUGUGCAUGUGAUCAGCCACUUUUGUUGAGUAGAUUGUGGCUCAGCAUUGGGUUAAAAUCAGGAAUGGGGGUGAUAGACAAACACUUUGACCCCAAACAACCCACAGUCCAGUGCAGAGAGGGUUCCUGAUGGUGUUCCCCAUGUGCUGUGAAUCCCUCCUUUAAAAAACUUAAGUUGAUUUCAGAGAGGAAGGGAGAGAAACAUCAAUGAUGAGAAUCUGCCCAGCUGCCUCAUGCACACCCCCUAUGGGGAUCCAGCCUACAACCCAGUGUGUGCCCUCACCAGGUACCCAACCGUGACAUGCUGGUUCAUAGGUUGAUGCUCAACCACAGCUAUACCAGCAGAGCUGAAUCCCUUUCAUUAUGAUUUGGUUUUAGAUCAGUUGAUAGAGACUCAGAUUUUGCUAUGAGUUGGAUCCCCAAAUAAGUUUUCUUAGUUCAAGGAUUUGCAUGGUACACAAUACUGUCAAAUAGCAUUUGUGCAGCCUAAUGCCAGGGUCCACUUUUCCUGGGGCCCCCACCUAAACUCAUUUCAUUUAGUCUCAGACUAUGUGAUGUUGACAUGCAGUGGACUGAGAUGAGAAACAGCUUAGAUGUUUGAGCAGCACCUCCUUGUUCCUACCCUCUUCCAUAGUAGUGGGAGGUAUGUACAAAAGGAAAAUGUGAUCUCUAUAGAAUCUGGAAUUGUGCCAUCUUUUUUAAAUGAUAAAUGGCAGUUUAUUAGUUACAUAAUCACAUGGGGGUUGCACUCAGGAACCCAGUAAACUAGGGGCUGUGAGAGGCAGGCAGGCUUAGUGGUAUCAAGAGGAUAGGUGCCACCUGGUUCCUGUGGGAGAAUGUGAUUACCUUGUUUGAAUAAGUCCAGGGACUGCCCAGAACUGCUAUAAGCAGGAACCAUGCCUGGUCCUUUGAUCAGGAGGGUUGUUUAGGGAACAUUAUCCACAAGAGCAGAGUGGGGAGGGAAACUUGUAGUUAGGCCAUUUGAAGCCCUUCUGGUUUUCUCGCGUAUAAUAUUGAGGGUUAAUUUUAAAUUUUAUACAACUGGGAAUGUGGUCAUCUGAUUACUGCCCUACUGGUGAGCUACAGGUAGGCCAGGCAAGGGUGGAAUUUAUGUUGGGUUGUCUUGUGCUUCCAGAUUCAUUUUUCAUUCCUCUGUAACCCAAAGCCCAACAAAAAUGAUAGAAACUCAGUGGGAUUGUCCCAGAACUAGGGUCCAUGUUGUGAAAGGUUGACAGAUGACAGCAGAUUAUGAGCUAAUACGCCAAGCAUUGUGCUAAGCACAGAAAUUCUCAGGGCCUGCUCAGAUGAACUUGACAUUCCAGCAGGGGAAAGAAAGCUUACACGUGUGAAACUAUCAGCCAAAAUGUGUUUACAAUAGAAGGAGAACUAGAAUCCGGCAACAGGAUUUAUGCUGGUGUGGCCAAAUAACAGCUGAGUGGAUUUGAACAAGCCAUUUAAAACUUCUGAGUCUUGGUUCCCUGUCCAUAGAAAGUAAAGGGAGGUGUAACAUCAGCUGUACAGAAUUCCCUGUAUAUGUUGCCCAGCCUUCCUUAAAAUAGCAUCUUGGUUCCUAAGAAUCUCAACAUUAACCAAAAAGUCCAAGUGGCCCUGUAUCUUGGGAUUAUAAAUUUUGUAUGUUUUAUUUUUUCUCAAAUUUUCCUAAACAAGGAAAUCAUCCUUUAGGCCACUCAAUAAAAAUAAGGAUUCUUAGGCACCUCCCUCUGAAGACUGGAGCAAUAAGUCUGGAAUGGGAAGUUAUAAAUAAAUUGAGACACGAACUCACAAGGUCCAAGUUCAGUCAAGUCUGUGCCUCUGAUUAGAUCUAUGACAUUGGUCAGGCCAGUUGACUUCUCAUCCAUAACAGGGAGAUAAGCGGAGUUGGUGUGAGAGUACAAUGAGUACAUACCAGAGUACCCGGCACUCAGCCCAGCACAUUGUGGGCGCUUACUGAGCCAAAACUGAGCUCUUAAUAUUUGGGCGUAGGUCAGCACAAUGGAAUCUCCUUCCUCUAGGAACCACCAAAUAACUAUGGACCCAAUGAAGUCUCCUUCCCACCCCACCCCAUACGUACCCCCUGAUGUUCUUAUUCCCCUUAUACUGCUUUGCUUUGAUGUCUCUGUUGAUGUAACCACAGGGGUGCUGGAUAAGAUAGUGUUUCAAGGGAUAUAUAGAUAGCAUUUUAGCUCCAUAAUUGAGGGGCCUUCUCUGGAUUUGCCUCUACUGGGAUUCUUACAGUUGGAAAGGUUGUCUUUUUUUCUUUCCAGUUUUAUUGAGAUAUAAUUGACAUACAUCUCUAUAUAAGUUUAAUGGUUUGACUUGCAUAUACUGUGAUAUGAUUAUAUCCAUCAUCUCAUAAAUUGAAGAAAACAUCUCACUAAUUUUAACAUGUUAUACAGCAGUGUUAACUAUAGUCAUGUACAUUACAUCCUUAGUACUUCUUUACCUUGUAACUGAAAAUUUGUACAUUCUGACCACCUUGCUUCAGUUCCCAUCCUCUCCAUCCCUCCUCUGCCUCUGAUGACUGCAAAUCUGAUCUCUUUUUCUGUGAGUUUACUUUUUUGGGAGGAGAGGUAUUUUGUUGUUUAAAUUCUGCAUUUAAACAAAAUCAUCCAGUAUUUGUCUUCUGACUUAUUUCGCUUAGCAUAUACCCUCAAGGUCCAUCCAUGUUGUUGCAAAUGGCUGGAUUUCCUUUUUUUUUGUUUGUUUGUUUUGUUAAUCUUCACCCGAGGAUAUUUUUUUCCCAUUGAUUUUUAGAGAGAGUGAAAGAGAGGGGGAGAGGCAGAAAGAGAAACAUCAAUGUGAGAGAGACACAUUGAUUGGUUGCCUCCACACAUGCCCGGAUAGGGGCGUGGAUUGAGCCUAAUCGAGGUAAGUGUUCUUGACUCGAAUAGAACCCUCAACCUUUCAGUCCAUGGGCUGACGCUCUAACCACUGAGCAAACAGGCCAGGGCCCCUUCAUUUUUUAAUGCACAUACUACAGCUUCUUUAUCCAUUCAUCUUUCAGUGGACACUUAGGUUGUUUCCAUGUCUUGGCUAUUACAAAUGAACAUGUGAGUACAGAUAUCUUUUUCAAGUUAGUGUUUUUGUUUCCGUUGGAUGUAUUCCCAAGUGGAAUUAGUAGAUCAUAUGGUAGUUCUAUUUUUAAUUUUCAAAGGAUUCUCUAUACUGUUUUCCAUAGUGACUGGAUCAGUCCUAACAACAGUACACAAGGGUUCCCUUUUCUUCAUAUCCUCACCAGAAUUUAUCUUUUUAUUGGCCAUUAACACAGGCAUGAGGUGAUAAUUGUAGUUUUGAUUUGUAUUUUCCUAAUGACUAAUGAGGUUGAGCAUCUUUUCAUGUACCUGUUGACUAUUUGUAUAUCUUCUUUGGAAAAAAGCCUGUUCAGGUCCUUUGCCCAUUUUUUAAUUGGAUUUUUCGUUUUGGUUUUUCCUAUUGAGUUGUAUGGGUUCUUUAUGCAUUUUGGAUAUUCAAGUAAUCUCCCCCAUUCCUUAGGUUGUCUUUUCACUUUGUUGAUUAUUUCUUUUGCUGUGCAGCUUUUUAGUUUGAUGUAGUCUCACUUAUUUGUUUAUUUUGUUGCAUGUGCUUUAGAUGUCAUGUCUGGGAGUUGUCAACCGUUGAGCUUCCUCUCCAUAUCUGUCCAUGAGUUUGCUUGUUCUCAUCAAGAGAGAAGACUCUGGCAAGUGGAAUUUCUGGACCACAGGCACAAGGAAUUAGGCUGGACUAUAUUGAGAGCAGGACUUUUGUCUAGUUCAUGGCUGUUGCCCCAGGACCUACAAAAGGUGCAUCAUAAAUAUUUAGAGAUUGAGGAUGAGGCUAAAUUACAAAUCCUACCUGUGUAGGUAUUAAGGGGAUCUAAUCAACUCCUUUGGUUUAGUUGAGCAACCCGGUAAACAGGGAAUUGUCCAGCCUUGUAAAACACACCAGAAGCUGCCAUGGAACUCAGAAGGGGUAAUAUCAAGACACAGGCGAUUGUGCUAGGUUGUUAGGAUGGCUCCCACCCUGCUUCUCUGUUGAGGGCCUACAACUUGGGUCGAAUAAAGGACUGAAAAGGUU